AUGGAUCCAGCCCAGUCGGGGGAUCAGCAGCAGAACACGGCCUCAGGAAUAACCGAUGACCCUUCCAAUGGCAGCGGCUCCGGUAAGAAACGAUGGAGACGCAAUCGGAUAGCCUGCGACUCCUGUCAUACUCGUCGCGUGCGAUGCGACCGAGCUUUUCCGUGUUCGCGCUGCCUGCGCAAUGAGAUUCGAUGCGAAUUCACUCGAGAACUUCGGAAGCGGGGGCGGAUCGCGCGAUCGAAACAGACGGGAGUGAAUGUUGCCAAUGGCGCAUCGGAUAGGCGUGCUGUUGAGCGUAGCAUGGCAGCAGUGUCACCGCCGAGGGAGAGAAAUGCGUCCCCAGCGGGCAGCGCUCGCCAGCGAUCACCCACGGCGAACGACGUGACUGUGGCGUCCGGUCCCAGCGUCGAUGCACAACGUGGACUGGGACCGGAGGCGAAUGCUACGGAGGACUGGCUGUCGUCGACCCAUCUGUCUUCAGAUUCCUAUGGAUUUCUGAACGGCACGGGCUGGAGGGAUGGCUCUCUGCCACGGGUGUUGGACUUCUGGAACGGAGUCGACUUUGCUAGUCACAGUGCCCGGACUCCUCCGGCUUCGAAGCUAGCACACAUCGCGCAGACGCCCGGGUCGUGUUCGACCUCGACUUCACUCAAAUACCCUGUGUUGCAGCCAUUGAUGCCAUUUCUAGAAGGGACCGUAUCCCGACGACUGGUCUUUGAUCUCUUGGAGCUCUAUUUUACCAGUGCCUUUUCUACCCAUAUGCACCCCGUGUGCCAUCAUAUUCACUGCUAUGUCCUACGAAAAGCGUCAUUCCUUACAAGCGAUGCUCCCCGUUCGACCAGCCCGGCGCUGCUGGCUAGUAUGCUCUGGGUAGCAGCUCUGGACGACCGCGCCUUUGCUUUAUCCAUUUCCCCGCCACAGCGCAAAAAGAUCUGUCAGUUCUUAUGCGCGCUGACGAUUCGACUGCUGCGACCUUUGAUCCAUGCUUCCUUUCGGGAACAGGAUAGCGCCACGCCUCGCGAUGUGUCAUUUGCCGCCGUCGGUCCAGAGUGCCCGCCUUUAGCUAGCAUGCACCACCCUCCUCCGGGGACUGGAGAUGACCGGGGCCUGGUAGGUCCGGCUGGCUCUCUAGACGACGUCAUUACGUAUAUCCACGUUGCCUCGAUUAUCUCCUCCAGUGAGCAAAAGGCGGCUAGUAUGAGAUGGUGGCAUGCAGCAUUUACCUUGGCUCGCGAGUUGAAAUUGAACCAAGAGAUUGAGGUGGUAUCAGAUGUGGACAGUCAUCCAGAAGGAUCGAGUCCACCCUUGGACGACUUCUUGCCCGGCUGGGGCGGUAUCGAUACAGGAAACUGGAACGACACAUUCAAUCCAGCGCGUCCUAGUUUGAACUGUGUUUGCGAUCGCGGCCGUGACUGGCACAGUACCCUCACCGAAGAGCAUCGCGAGGAGCGUCGUCGGACGUGGUGGCUGCUGUACAUAAUGGACCGCCAUUUGGCACUUUGCUAUAACCGACCGCUGGCUUUGCUUGAUGCUGAGAGCGAAGAUCUCCUGCUCCCUUUGGAUGAAGGCACAUGGCAGGCGGGCAACGUUCAUAGCAAUAGCCCGAAGUCAGACGGUCCCCAAUGUCCACUUUCUGGCGAAAAGAACCGGCGACGUCUGUUUCCCAACUUUAUUUGCCAUGAUCACUCGAUUUUCGGCUUCUUUCUUCCCCUCAUGACUAUCACAGGCGAGUUGAUCGACCUGAACCAGGCGCGAAACCAUCCCAUGCUCGGCCUGCGAGUACAGGGGAAGGAAGCAUGGGAUAUCCAUAUCAGCGAAGUCCUGCGACAACUCGAAAUAUACAAAGCUAGCCUCACGACCUUCGCUGCUGCGGUGGCUACCGACCCAGAAGUACCUGUAUCAGCGGCCUUUCCGCCAGACCCCAAGACGGACCGACCGCCAGUUAUGGACCCAUCGCUCUCUCAGGCAUACUCGUGGCAUACGCAGACUGUUAUCGCUUACGCGUCUUAUCUGGUGCAUGUCCUUCAUAUACUUCUAGUUGGGAAGUGGGAUCCUGUCUCGCUCAUCGAAGACAAGGAUUUCUGGACAUCGUCUCCUGCAUUCGCAUCCACAAUCUCCCACGCCCUCGACGCAGCCGACUCCGCAGACCAGAUCCUACGAUUUGAUCCUGAUGUUAGUUUCAUGCCGUACUUCUUCGGCAUCCAGCUUCUCCAAGGCAGUUUCCUGCUCUUGUUAAUCGUGGAACGCUUGCAAAAGGAAGCCGGCGAGGGAAUCCUGAACGCUUGUGAGGUGAUGAUCCGGGCCACAGAGUCUUGCGUCGUAACCCUCAACACCGAAUACCAGAGGAAUUUCCGGCAAGUAAUGCGGAGCGCGGUGGCGCAGGCUCGCGGGCGUCCUGUUGAUCAUAGUGAGAUUCGUCGUCGACGGAAAGCAGUAUUGGCUCUGUAUCGGUGGACGCGGAAGGGGACUGGGUUGGCUCUAUAG